UCUUUUAUAUAUUUUAUUUAUCUCUCUCUCUCUCUUAUUAUUAUUAUUAUUAUUAUUAUUAUUCCUAAUAACAAUAGUAAUAAACACCAAGCCCUACAACACAGCUCCACACAACUCUAAAGACAAACACCCACAAAUAUGCAGAUUUUCGUCAAGACACUUACUGGAAAGACCAUUACUCUAGAGGUCGAAUCUUCAGACUCUAUUGAUAAUGUCAAGCAGAAGAUCCAAGACAAGGAAGGAAUCCCUCCAGACCAGCAGCGUUUGAUUUUUGCUGGAAAGCAACUAGAGGACGGCCGUACUCUCUCUGACUACAACAUUCAAAAGGAAUCCACUCUUCACUUGGUGCUCCGUUUGCGUGGUGGUAUGCAAAUCUUUGUCAAGACUCUGACCGGAAAGACCAUCACUCUAGAGGUCGAAUCUUCAGAUUCGAUUGAUAAUGUCAAACAGAAGAUCCAAGACAAGGAAGGAAUUCCUCCAGACCAGCAACGCCUGAUUUUUGCUGGAAAGCAGCUAGAGGAUGGCCGUACUCUUUCUGACUACAACAUUCAAAAGGAAUCCACUCUUCACUUGGUGCUCCGUUUGCGUGGUGGUGUCUCAAGAAAACAGCGAUGUGCGUUUGGUAGUUGCUCAGACAAACCAGUCAAGAUCAUUGGUGAUUGUCGAUACUGCCAGUCUAAAUUUUGUGCACGUCAUCGUCUCCCAGAAGCCCAUGUGUGCGUCAAUCUCCUGAGUUGCAAGCAGGCAGCUCAUGAACGAAACAGUAUGAAAUUACUCAGCGAGCGUUGCGUGGCGAGUAAAGUAUAA